AGAUGCCGUUUGUGCUGAGGGUGUCUGCUGCGAAAACAUGCGCGGGUAGAAAGCCCAAGGCGAUUAGGGUAAUUUGUGAACGAGAAAUCCGCAUCUCGGCAACAAUUUAUCAACACUGCAAAAAAAAAAGCCCCAAGCGCCAGCGUCAAACGUGCUUUCCAAUAUUCGUUAUAACAAACUUGCUAAACUGGUCCCCAAGAUUGUGACUGGAUAGGUAGUUGAAACAAGGUUUAUGGUAUUUAGACGAAUGCAAAUUGCGAGUGAUGCAACUGAUAGCAACUGGACCAGCCGAGGAUAUCAGAAAUAUGACAGGAUCAACCUGUAUAGAAUAGAAGAGAUCGUGUAUGGUAAAGGGCUCAGUAAACUUGGUCACGGUGGAAAACAAUAAGCAUCGAAAAACACUGAAAUUUGGGAGGGCGAAGAGAUUUGAGGGAGCUAUAAAGAGAGAGGCAUGCACAAAAAAAAGCCAAGACUACUCAGUCCUUUCGCUCACUCCGUCUCUUGUAGCCCUCGCCUUUUUCGGUCUCAAGGGAUACGAUAGAGAAAUGGAAGAACUGUAUGGACUGAGAAGAGGAAAGGAAGAGAUUGGGGAUUGGUUCUUGAAAGAAACAGUAGCAGCUCAGGAACGGAUGGAGAUGGAUCCAAAAAGGAGACAAAAGGGAACGUGUGAAGGGGAGACGAGGCAAAAGCAAACGGGAAAACGUAAGAGGCAGCGCAAAGUCAGGACACGACUUGCAUGGCAAACGAGUGAUGUGAUGAGAGAGAAGCAGAAGGAGAGGAGAAUACGCAAAUCAAUCAGUCGAUCAGGCAGGGAAGAGAAACCAUCUUCCUCAGGGUGUCUGGCUGGACCGGUACGAUGGAUACGCACAAGUACUAGGUAUCUUCUUCCCGAAAGUGUGGUACCAGAAUUUACUAGUGAGAAAUAAUACCCGUUCCCUUGCCGAGGAUGCCUAAUAAUA